AGUCCCCCCCAGAGCCCCCCCGGAGCCCCCCCGCAGCCAUGCCGUCCCAGAUGGAGCACGCCAUGGAGACGCUGAUGUUCACCUUCCACAAGUACGCGGGGGACAAGAACCACCUGAGCAAGGAGGACCUGCGGGUGCUGAUGGAGAAGGAGUUCCCCGGCUUCUUGGAGAACCAGCGCGACCCGAUGGCGCUGGACAAGAUCAUGAAGGACCUGGACCAGUGCCGCGACGGCAAGGUGGGCUUCCAGAGCUUCUUCUCGCUGGUGGCCGGGCUCACCAUCGCCUGCAACGACUACUUCGUGGUGCACAUGAAGCAGAAGGGCAGGAAGUGAGCCCCCCCGGCGCGGCCCCGGCCCCGCGCUCCCGCCGGACCCCAAUAAAGCUGUUUUGUACUACA